UUUUGGCCACACGCCGUAUGGAAAAGGUCCAAAAAUGCCAGGUGCCCCUAAUGACAAAGGACUUAAAGGUGAUGUUCCGUCACCUCGACAACCAAGCUCAACACUCCAGGAGGGCGCCUCACCUCAGCGACCAAUCAUCGAAGGUGGCACGCUUCCGGCACCUGAGCCCACUAGCGGGCGGCUCGUUCUGGUCACCAAAGACCAAUACCAGAAACUGCCCUUGCCUGUGCCCCAAGGGAAAAACUUCAUGCAGCCGCAGGCUACGCCGUCAUAUCUGCCCCAAGAGCCCAAGCUCGGUCCUGAAUUCUCUCCUGGGUCGGCGCUCACGAGACUACUGGACAAAAGUCUGACGCCCCCCUCUUAUGAAGCGGGGCCGCACAAUAACCCUGCAGGUGGUAGACCUGUUACCCCUCCCCAAGAGAAUGGAGGAGGGGCUUCAAUAUCCAAGGAACACAGACCUGAACCAGGCAAACCUGAUUGUAGCCCAGGGACUCCAAAUGGACAGUGGAUGAAAAUACCUCGACCAGGAGCUGGCGUGUCGGCGGGCAGCAACACCAAAGGUUACGGAGCAGUUGGUCCAAACCGAUUGGGCGCCAAUUCCGCUUCUGGACCUGCAGGCUAUGCUGGACCAAAUACUGGAUAUGGCGCCGGUAAGAUCAACUUAACAAAAACCGAUAAUGACAAAUGUGCCAACUCAUUCAUACUUUUGUGCGCGUGCUUUGGCCUCGGAUAUCCAAACGCAGGCGUACCCCAACAGCCAAUUUACAGGCCCGGAGCCAGCCUUGGAGGAGGUGCCUAUGUCAAGGGAAGCUCUUACCCAGGUCGACAUUUUAAAUAUGAUUUUUAAACCAAGUCGUCAAAUCUUAUAGACAAACGGAGUACUGUGUGUGUAUCUCCACCAGUUGGGAUAUAUGCUCCAGCUCACCCGUGAACAUGACGUGUUAUUAAAACAAAGGUAUGAAUGGUAUUAAACUUUUUCCAGAUCUUGGCCACUUGGUUCCGACAAUUGAUGCAAAAUCAGGUGGCGCUGUGCAGGUGCCUUACAAUGGCGCUCCAGCCGGAGUUGAUGAUGCAAAUCAGCCUGAGCCACAGCAAGCCGGCCUCGGUCCGAACGGAAAACAACCCCCGGUGUACGCUGGAAUGGAGGGUUUACCUUACGGGGGUCAGCCGGGCAUGGGUCCUGAGAAAGCAAAUGCCAAGUAUGGCAUCGGCGGCUUGCAGUUUGGUGGCGGCCUCCAGCCAGCCAAUAACGGUGGAGGUAAUUAUGAAAUUUGAAAUGUAAAAACCCGCAGUUCAGGAGGCGCACGGUCUUUUCGAUGGCGUUAGUUUGUGACGUGUCAGUUGGAAAGAUACAUCAUUUGAAUUGAUUCAAAAACAGAUGUGG